AGUGCAGGUGGUUUGUGUACACAGGGAGGGAAGAUGGCGGAGGGCGCGGAGUCGGCGGCCGGGCCGGAGGCGGAGGCGGAGGGGACCGGGGCCGGGCCGGGCGGCGCCGGCACCAAGGCGGCCAAGAGGGGCCGCGGCAGGCCGAGGCUGAGCGACAGCGACCGGCUGCGGCAGCGGGUCAACAGCCGCAAGAAGUACGACAACCGGCGCAUCUACAUCGGCGAGUCGUUCGCGGUGUGGGCGGCGCUGCGGGAGCGCUACGGCUGGUCGGACAAGCGGCUGGCGGAGCACCUGGUGCAGCUGGAGCAGCGGCGCAGCAAAUCUGGAGCAGAGGAACAGAACUCGAAAAUUAAUUCCUCACAAAAAGUAAGAAAGCAAGCAAUUACCUCGUUGAAGACUCUGGUGACAUGGUACGAGCAGCAUAAGCAGAUGUGCAAGCAGGAACCACUGCUCUACGAACUACAACAAGUAUGUGACUGCUCGGUGGCUGUGGUGUGGCAGUGUGAAGCAGGACACCAGUAUCUGCAGCAUAUGGAGCCUGUCCAGAACAUCUGCCAUUCCACUGCUGCUGAACCCACUGCGAAGGGCAAUGUGACCAUCAGCAGUUCGAAGGAAAACAUGAAUCGGCAGCAGUGUCCUGUGGAGAAAAAGGAGAGCAAGGCAAAAAGGGAUGCAAUCAGAAAGAAACCAGGGCAAUCCAAUGAAUUGUACAUGAAGUGUGAAUCAGACACGUCAACCUGUGAUGAGUCCGAUUCGGAUCAGAAAUUCAAGGAAUAUUUCAAUGUGAAACUCAUUGAUGUCGAUGCUAGUGAACCCAAUUAUGAAGGUGGGAGCAAAGAGAAUGGGAAGACACAAGCCUUGAGUUCAGUAGGAAAACCUUCUAAAGGGGAAGAUAAAGAUAAAGACCAACACAGGACUGCAAUUCAUGAGCCAGCAUCUCUAUGUCGAGCUCAGUCACCUUGCAAGAGCUCCGUCACUGAAGGCAGCCAGCCUUCUUUGCCAGCAGAGCUUCCUGCGCUGAAUACCAUAGUACAGACGGUGGAGAAGGAUGCAUUAUACUCCUUAACUACCAAUUGCCCUGUAACUGUGCAGAUUUCUACAGUACAGAGUUCAGAAAUCACCAGCAUUACAGAAGAAUUUGGACAAGUGCCCUUGGACACUGCACAACAAGUAAAUCCCACUGAAUAUGAGGAAAUGACUUGUACUUUCUCAGAACAGUUGACCUACGUAAAUCCAGUGGGGGAAUGCUACACCAUUGAAGAACAGAAUGAAGCCACUGAGUGGAAUGAGCAUCCAGAUGUGAUAGGAGAGAGAACUGUCAUUGAUGGCUCUGGAUUGCGUCCAGCUGAACCAGGUGAAAAUGCACAGGACGUGCCACAUAAACCAAAGAGGAAAAAACGGGGUCACGUUAUUGAUGCUGAUGGGAUGUUUCAGCUGUUUCAUUGUCCACACGAAGGAUGCAACCAGGUGUACAUCACAUUAAAUAGCUUCCAGAAUCAUGUCAACCUUGUGCACAGAAAGGGGAAAACGAAAGUCUGCUCACACCCAGGUUGUGGGAAGAGGUUUUAUUUAUCAAAUCACCUACGGAGGCAUAUGAUCAUUCAUUCAGGAGUGCGAGAUUUUAUUUGUGAAACGUGUGGAAAGUCAUUUAAAAGGAAGAAUCACCUUGAAGUUCAUCGAAGGACGCACACGGGAGAGACACCACUCCAGUGUGAAAUUUGUGGGUAUCAGUGUCGACAGAGGGCUUCGCUCAACUGGCACAUGAAGAAACACAACACAGAGAUACAGUACAAUUUCACGUGCGAAUACUGUGGCAAGAAGUUUGAAAAGAUGGACAGUGUCAAAUUUCACAAACUAAAAAGUCACCCUGAGUGUCAGACCAUGUGACGUUGCUGGACUUGUACCACUGUGACAAGAGGCAUGUGCACAAACCCUCCUUGACAACGCAUAAAGUUUGUGCAAGCACUGUCGACUCAAAAAUGAAAUUUUAUAUUUUCAGCUUCUGUAUAUGAAAUAUUUUCACGUUGUUGGGGGUAGAACGGGUGUUGGUGGUGUGGGGGAAAUUCAAUGAGUUUACUUGAAUCUUGGGCCAGUGCAAUCACUGGUACCUGAGAGCGGGGACCCGCUCUGGAUGAAACCUGACCCGACCUCAGCCAAACUGAGACAGAUCUGAGCCCAAGGACUUGUAGUUUCUUUACCAUUAUUGACAAAAAGGUGCAGGGAAUAAAAGACUUGCCGGCCUGCAUGCUCAUCGCUAUUGAUCAAGUACGGGGAGACAAGCCGUAAUACCAAACAAGUCAUCCUGAAUGUCGUAGAUAAAAACACAAGAUGUAGGAACAAAAGUAGCCCCUUGAGCCUGCACUUCCAUUCAGUAAGAUUGCAGUUGGUCUGGUUCUGGUCUUUGGCUUCGUUUUCCCACCUGACAUGAUCCAAAUCUAACCCAAACAAUCUCUCAGAGUUCCCACCCAAGCCUGACAGGAGGUUGGGUUCCAUCAACCUUGGGUCAGGUAGCCAGGCUGUGUCUCUCCCAGGUUUUGUCCCUCUGAACCGACUGCAGAUGAAGCCAAAGGUGGGUUUGGUGCUGAGCUUGUAAUCACCCUGAAAUUAAAUGGCAUACUUUUAAAACUCUUGGCUGCCAGUGGGUCUCGGUUUGACUUGUAUUGGGGCUGGCACGCCAAGUUGGUGGGGUUGAAGUUGCACUGGUGUGGGCAGUGGGAUAGGGAGAGUGUUUCAGAGAACAUUCGCCCACCAGAACUCCAAUUAACUCGCCAACAGAACUGAGCAAUUAUUAGAAUGACCCAGUGGAGCUCCUGUGACCAGUCUUCUGAGUGGUUGGAAGGUCGGGCUUUUGGAACCCAUCAAAUCACUUGAAGGGAAUAUUUUUUUAAACAGAUCUACCACAUGCCUGGCUUUGAAGCUGGGGCAGGUGAAGAAAUGGGCAUGUUUACCAUUUCAAAUCAAAAUAGUUAAUGAGCCUAUGACAGAAUGAAUUCGAGCAAGUGGAUAAUCUUAGAUCAAGGCAGAAAAUGUGUGAAAUGCUCAGCACUUACGAGAAGGGAACUGCUAAUGUUUCGUGUCAGGGAUAUUCUCAUCAGAAAAAGUUGGAGGUAAAAUAAGUCGAUGGUUCUUUCAGUUGCACUUUCUUGGCCUGCACGGUUUCUGUGGUACCAUUCCAUGGGCACCCGUUGUCCUGCUCAAGGUAUACAGGGCAGUUACUUGUACCCAUGAUGGUUCUGGUGGUUGUCCAGGAACAGAUCAUCACCUGUGAGUCAGUCUGCUCACCACAUAGGCAUUUGGGUCAAUUGUAGUGCCCUGAUCCAUCUUUGCUAUAAUCAACUCACUCAGUAAAAAAAAUAGAAUCAGUCCUGGGUCCUUCCUGGUAUGCAAGUCUGUUGAGUUGUUUGGAACCAAGGGGCUGCCUUGCAAAGAAAUUAAAAUUGGAAAUAUAGAAGACAAAGUGGGAGAAAAUGUAGGCAAGAUUACUUUAAUAACAAUUUUAAUGUAUUGUGAUUGGUGAUCUUCAUCACAGUGCCAGUUAUAACCUUGCUAUAUGUGAGUUGAAAUCGUGAAAUACUGAAUCCAUGAUAGAAUUUAGAACUCGACUAGUUUAAGACAGACCCAGGCACUGGCCGAUGGCUUUUGAUCUUAAAAAAAAAUCCACUGAGUGAUGUGAGCAAAGUCUUUCAUUGUGUUGAGUUAGCUGUCCUGUGCGGGUCGACAGUGAGAUGCAUUUCCAGCUGAGAGAGAGGGAAACCAGUUUGGGUUCUUAAUCCAGGUAGUUCUCUUGUGCUGAAAAGUGCCAUGUUGAAUGUUUGGUGCAGCAACAAGCUUGAUUAUGAUGUUCCCAUCUCUCCCAUUUGAAUACUCUGACAGCAUUGACUGAAUGUACAAAAGGAACAGUCAGAGAAGGUGCCCACUGCCCACAGAAUAGUGACCCAUUUAUGAGCUGGUACCAAGAAAAGGGGAAAGAUUGGAACAGAAAAUCUAAAUGUGUGUUGCUGCUCUUCAAAGUAACCAGCAGAAGGUUUCAUGGGUUAACAAACAGAUUCAGUACAUAAUGCAGAUGGAUGUACUGAGAUGGAUGAAUUAGGGAGGUGGAACUGCCCACAUUGACGUAAUGGCUGAUUAAUGCCUCUAACCACGGGCAAUUUCCAGAUGAAGUCUGUUCUCCAACAGAUCUUCCCAGCUUUGCUUUGAGAAUUGUAUUCCUUUAUGCUAUACCUAUGUAUGUUCCCUGCAUCUUCAGUUAGUGUUCAUAUCAGUGCCCUUUGAUGGCAAUGAUGAGCUGACAGGUAGGACAAGUAAUUAUCUGAUUUUUCAAUUGAGUGAUUACAUUUUCCUCUGUGUGCCCUGGGCAAUCAAUCAAGCUGUGCAUGGUGUUCAGGGGUUCUCUGAGAAACUAUCCACAGCAGUUGGCACCCAUAUGUUUUGUUCUUGCAAAAGGGUAAAAAGCAAAACCUGAGAGAAUAAGCAAGGUCUCAGAAACCAGCCCUUCAGGGCAGGGUAUAGUCUGGGGAUGGGAGCAAGAGUAAUUACAUUUUUUCCAAAGGGCCCUACCCCACUGUGCAUCUGAAGCUUGAUACAUCUCCCUGUCCUGCUCUCACACACACAGUGCUUGUGCAGAAGCGUUUUAUAAGUGUGCCUUUCAGGUCUUGUUAAUGUUAAGAUGAGCAUCAUCAACAGAAGGACUGUUUACAAGCUUAACCAGUACGGUGACAAUGUUUGAAUGUACAUUGAGAGUUUUUAUUUUGUGGUGUUUUAUGUUAGUAAAUGUCAAAUUAUUUUAUUGUA